CAUAAAUUAUUUUCGCUGCGUCUCCGCCAUCUUGGUGUAACGAUUUGGAUCGUGAAAAUGUUGGCUGACACGAUCCUUAUUCUCUUCAUUUCAGUAGCUACUGCACUUCUCUCUGAAGGAAUCACAUAUCUAUUGGUUUACAGAACAGACAAAUAUAAGAAGUUAACUGCAGAAGUCGAAAAAGAUAGUAAAAAGUUGGAGAAGAGAAAAGAAAAUAUCUUAGAUCUUCCCAGACAAGGGGGAGGUCAGAAGAAGAAAAUGGAAAGAGUUGAGGAGAAGCUUAAGAAUCACAACAGAGACCUUUCAAUGGUGAAAAUGAAGUCCAUCUUUGCCAUUGGAUUUACAUUUACAGCUCUUAUUGGCAUGUUUAAUUCUAUAUUUGAUGGCAGAGUUGUUGCAAAGCUUCCUUUUGUUCCCCACUCUUGGCUUCAAGGCUUGUCCCAUCGCAACUUAAUGGGCACAGAUUUUACUGACUGCUCCUUUAUCUUCCUGUAUAUUCUUUGUACUAUGUCUGUAAGACAGAAUAUUCAAAAAAUGCUGGGCUUUGCUCCAUCUAGAGCUGCAAGCAAGGUUGGUGGUCUGCUGACACCACCACAGGGUACCAAGUAAACUUCACAGGAGUUUUGGCCACAGAGUACCCAUUUGCCUUGGAAUUCUGUACAAUACAACUUGUUUGGAACAUUUAUUGACCUACAGAAACAGACUUCCUAAGCAUGUCUGUCCCCAGGUGUUACAAUGCUAGUGAACUUUUAGGAAAGCCCCAUAUUGUCGUAAAUGUACAUGUAACUAUCAGUACAUUUAUUGCAGUCAAAAAUUAAAUUUUUUAUGUUACUUGGAGAUUUCCAUUUUUCCUUCGUCUUUUCUUUCCAUGUAUGUUUUUUUUCCAAGGUGUUUGUUUUUUGCCAUGAGAGUUUGGUUGUCGUUAAAUACCUUGGAAAAUUCGUACAGAACUGAUUUGGUUGAGGUAGAGCCGGGAUAACCAACUGGCUCUAUUGAAACAGUACGAGGAAAACGUAGUAUGGAGGUAUUGGUUGUCCCGAAUAUUCCAAAGCGAUGAAAUAUACCGAAAGCUUGAUUUUUUAAAAAUAUUUUUUGCCAGUCUAUAAAGGGAGUGAAGCACUGCCUUUUGCGCAAAUGGCACUUUAUAAAACACGACUCCAUUUAACACGUGUGCAAAAUUAUACUUGCUACGCUCCGCCAUCUUUUUUUCAGUUAAAUCAUUCCAAACCGAAGUAAACCCAUCACGCCAUGGGAAGAAUAAAAACAUGGAGAUAUACAACCUCACUUUACUUUAGUGAGAAAUAAAUUGAGUAAUAACAAUUUAAAAAAUUUAGACAUA